AUGCAAGUUUUUCACUCAACUUCCUCAUCAGUUCUUAACUUCUUGUACAAUUUCGGUGAUUUUCUUCUUUUUGCAGGAUUUGUGUCUCCAAUUACCACAUUAAAAGAGGGAUUCAAAGGCCCUAGGAGCCAAAACAUGGAAUUCGAGAGUAAUACUACAAAUUGGGAUGGGGUUUACUACUACCCACAUCUAUUUGGUGGCAUUAUGCUAACAGCUGCAUUGCUUGGUUUAUCAACAAGUUAUUUUGGUGGCAUGAUGGGGUUUCCUACUUUGCCUUAUAUGCUAUCUUACUUGAGAAACCUUCAAAAGGAAAAAGGGGGAAAGAAACGAAUUAGGGUUUACAUGGAUGGUUGUUUUGAUCUUAUGCAUUAUGGACAUGCUAAUGCUUUAAGACAAGCUAAAGCUUUGGGUGAUGAAUUGGUGGUUGGACUUGUAAGUGAUGAGGAAAUUAUCAAGAACAAGGGCCCACCCGUUUUAUCUAUGGAAGAGAGGUUGGCUCUUGUUAGUGGAUUGAAGUGGGUGGAUGAAGUGAUUUCUAAUGCACCAUAUGAAAUUACCGAAGAGUUUAUGAAUCGACUUUUUAAUGAGCAUAAGAUUGAUUACAUCAUACAUGGUGAUGAUCCUUGCUUACUUCCUGAUGGAAGUGACGCAUAUGCCCUUGCAAAAAAAGUUGGUAGAUACAAGCAGAUAAAACGUACGGAGGGCGUUUCUAGUACAGAUAUUGUAGGAAGAAUAUUGGCUUCUAUAGAGGAGAAGAAAGGAACUCAAGUUUCUGAUGAAUCAUUGGAGAAUGAGAUGAAUAAAAGUGUGGAGAGUUUAUUAAAAUGUAAAAAUGCUUCAAGUUUUCUUCCUACUUCAAGAAGAAUUGUGCAAUUCUCUAAUGGAAAGGGUCCUGGACCAAAUGCUCGUGUGGUGUAUAUUGAUGGAGCAUUUGAUCUUUUUCAUGCUGGACAUGUUGAGAUUUUGAAGAGUGCUCGACAACUUGGAGACUUUUUGCUUGUGGGUAUUUAUACCGAUCAAAUUGUGAGUGAACAAAGAGGAACACAUUUCCCUCUUAUGCAUUUGCAUGAAAGGAGUCUUAGUGUUUUGGCAUGUCGAUAUGUUGAUGAGGUCAUCAUUGGUGCUCCAUGGGAGAUUACAAAGGACAUGAUUACAACUUUCAAUAUCUCAUUAGUUGUGCAUGGAACAGUUUGUGAGGGCAAGUCUUCUAUUAAUGGCAAGCUAGAUGAUCCUUAUUCGGUUCCCAAAAGUAUAGGCAUCUUCAAAAUGCUUGAGAGUCCAAAAAAUAUCACCACAACUUCUGUGGCUCAAAGAAUAAAGGCCAAUCAUGAGAUCUAUGAGAAAAGAAAUGCGAAGAAGGAAGCGAGUGAGAAAAAGUUUUAUGAAGAAAGAAAAUAUAUAUCGGGAGACUAAUUAAUGAUUAGGGUUAUUAUCAUUCAUAUACUUUGACAUAGAAGAAGGUACUUUGAGAUGAGAUGUAUUUGUAAGUUUUUUUGUAUUUUUGAUUUAUAGGAUGAAUGAUUAGAUGGUUGUUAUGAAUAUGAACAAAUGAGUAAUGAAGUUUUAUCAUGUAUUUCUGUAAAUCAAUUUUUUGGUGUCUAUGAUUGAAUUUUGUAAAAUUGAUUUUUUUCUUGAAUGAUUCUUGUUUGUAAAUGGUUGAUUUUUAUAUGUAUGAUUAACUUUUCUUCUCUUUUUGGGGAUUUGAUGGAGU